UCAAAUGGUGAAAAAAGCUACUGGCAAAAGUGGCUUUUAUGGGAAGCAGUCACCAGACACAUUCAUGACAGACAACUGCAGAGCAAUGAAGGGAGCCCUUACAGCAACUUGGCCUGCAGCUCGUCAGUUUUUAUGCAUCUUCCAUAUACUUCAACAAGUGUGGCGAUGGCUGCUUCAAUCCCAGCACCGCAUCAGGAAAGAGGAUCGCCAGGAGUUGAUGGCUGUCAUGAAGUCCCUCGUAUAUGCACCAUCGACGGACCAUUUCUUCAAACUUUAUCAAGACUUCAAAACUAAUCCUCUUUCACAGAGAUAUAAUAACUUCAGCAGCUACCUGGACACUCUAAUGGAAAGGAGAGAAGAAUGGGCUGUUACGUUCAGGGCAGGUGCGAUGCUACGGGGUCAUAACACCAACAAUUAUUGCGAGGCAACCAUGUGCAUCAUCAAGGAAGUUGUCCUGAAUAGGUGCAAGGCAUAUAACACCGUUCAGCUCAUGAUUUUCAUGGUUGAAAUUUUUGACUCUUAUAUGAAGAAGAGAUUAAUAGACGUUGCUGUAGGAAGGCGGAGGACAAAAAAUGUAAGUAUGGGGACACUGUCCCUUGACGCUGUCACUUCCCUAGGCAACGGAAGAUAUACUGUGAGGAGCCAGUCUGCUGCAUCCCUUGAGUAUGCUGUAGAUGUGAAGGCUGGCUUCUGUGAAUGUAACGUGGGACAAAAUGGUGCUCUCUGUAAACACCAAGUCGCCUGUGCAGAACACAGCAUGACAGCCCUCCCCCAAGUAUUCGCUGCAACAAGUGAAAACAGGCGGUGGCUGGCGUCAGUGGCAGUCGGAGAAGAGAACACCCCUCCAGAAACUUUUUUCAGAGGGUUGUUAGAACCACCGCCAGAAGUGGAGGCUGUCGGCAAAACAACUGUUUUUCCAGAAGAGAGAGAAGAGGACACUGAACCACCACAACAAGUCAUGAAAAUAAAGGAAGAACGGUGUUUAGAUAUUUCAGAAUUUGUCGCUGCUGUACAAGAUGCGACGGAAAAACACGGAGAUGAACAUACCGUGGCAGCUUUCGCCGCAGCAGUAAAAGGAUAAGAAAGAUAAAAAUUCAAACAUGCUAAACAGCAUGCUGUACACUUUGGGAACUGAUGUCACUACUACUGGAGCUGGCCGAGGAAAAAUUCGGUGCCAACCAGCAUCAAUUGCUCGAAGGGGACAGGGAAAACCGAAGGGCGCAGCACCUCUCGGAAAAGGAAGAAAACCUAACUCUUUGAUGCAAAAUGCAAAGACAAAGAGGCCAAGAAAUCUAGCUGAAAAUAUUGCAAAAAACUUGGCUAAUGCCAA